UCGGCCGCCGAGUGCUGCGAAUUCCUGCUCGAGCCGCCACCACUCUGCAACACUGGCAAAGAGAAAGCCUGAGGAGAGAGGGAGCGAGUGAGAGGGAGAGAGCGAGAGAGAGAGAGAGAGAGAGAGAGAGAGAGAGAGCGUGAGUGAGUGGGGGAAGGAGUGAGCGUGUGAGAGGGAGAGAGGAAGAGAGAGAGAGAGAGAGAGAGCGACUCACUGUGCGCCGGGUCCACAUUUGCACGAUGGCAUCGGAUCCGGGGCUGCUGCUGCUCUUACUGUGGACUAUAUCUCUCCAGGUUCAGGGCUCCAAAGACACAAACAACAAUGAAGUUAAUCUCCUUGACACAUCAUUGGUAUCGGGAGACUGGGGCUGGCUGACGUACCCAUCACAUGGGUGGGAUGCCAUUAACGAAAUGGAUGAGUACUUCACCCCAAUUCACACCUAUCAAGUGUGCAACGUGAUGAGUCCCAGCCAGAACAACUGGCUCCGGACCAACUGGAUCCCGCGCGAGGGCGCCCGACGCAUCUACAUCGAGAUCAAGUUCACGCUGCGCGACUGCAACAGCAUGCCAGGUGUGCUCGGCACCUGCAAGGAGACCUUCAACCUCUACUACUACGAGGUGGACCGCGACCUGGGCCGCUCCACCAUCUGGGAGAACCAGUACGUCAAGAUCGACACCAUCGCCGCCGACGAGAGCUUCACCGGCGUGGACCUGGGCGUGCGGCGGCUCAAGCUCAACACCGAGGUGCGCGGCGUGGGCCCGCUGACGCGGCGCGGCUUCUACCUGGCCUUCCAGGACAUCGGCGCCUGCAUCGCCGUGGUCUCGGUGCGCGUCUACUACAAGCGCUGCCAGGGCGUGGCGCGCGGCCUGGCCGUCUUCACCGACGUGGUGACCGGCGCCGACUCGUCCUCGCUGGUGGAGGUGCGGGGCACGUGCGUGGACCACGCCGAGGAGCGCGACACGCCCAAGAUGUACUGCAGCGCCGAGGGCGAGUGGCUGGUGCCCAUCGGCCGCUGCGUGUGCAGCGCUGGCUUCCAGGAGCACCGGGACGCCUGCAUCGCGUGUGAAGUGGGCUACUACAAACCCACAGCGGGGGACCAGCCGUGUGAGAAGUGCCCGCUCCAUAGCCACUCAGAGACCAGGGCUGCCCUCACCUGCCCUUGCGACGCCAACUACUACCGAUCUACCUCUGAUCCUCCCGCAACUCCCUGUACAAGACCCCCGACAGCGCCCAUCAAUGUGAUCUCGUCAGUGAACGGCACCUCGGUGAGCUUGGAGUGGGGCUCCCCGGCGGACAGCGGCGGCCGCAGCGACGUCAUGUACAACGUGUCGUGCCAGCGCUGCCUGGGCGGAGGCGCGGGGGUGGUGGCGCGCACCGGGGCGCCGCUCAUCCGCUUCAUACCGCAGCAGAUGGGCCUCACCGACACGCUGGUGACGGUGCUCAACCUGGCGGCGCACGCCAACUACACCUUCCGCAUCCACUCGCUGAACGGCGUGUCGCGCCUGAGCAAUGAGCCGCCGCAGUUCACCACCGCCAAUAUCACCACGAACCAGGCAGCUCCAUCCCAGGUGAUUGCCAUCCGACAAGAGAACGCUAGUCAGAACAGUGUCUCCCUGCUCUGGCAAGAGCCUGACCAACCCAACGGUGUAAUACUUGAGUAUGAUAUCAAGUACUUCGAAAAGGAAAAUGAGCUUCAGAGCUACUCGACAGUCAAGUCCAAGAACACCAGCGCAAAGGUGUCCGGGCUGAAGCCUGGCACGCGCUACGUCUUUCAGGUGCGAGCCAGAACCUCAGCGGGCUGCGGGCGCUUCAGCCAAUCGGUGGAGAUCCAGACGGGCAAAGCCGUCCCUUUACGCUACGACACAAUGACAAUCAUCUGGAUCUGCCUGGCGCUAGUGAUCGGCCUAAUCACCUUCCUAGCGAUUGUCAUCUGCAGAAAACGGCAAGAGGAGUACUUUGACUUAUCCACUUUUACCGUACACUGCGGUUAUAGCAAGGCCUUCCAAGACUCUGACGAAGAGAAGAUGCACUACCAAAAUGGCCACGUCUCAUUUCCUGAAGCCAGGUUCUAUAUUGAUCCCCACACGUACGAGGACCCAUGCCAGGCAGUACAUGAGUUUGCCAGAGAAAUUGAAGCCUCCAGGAUCAAAAUUGAGAAAAUCAUAGGCUCAGGGGAAUUUGGCGAGGUGUGUUAUGGACGCAUGAAGCUCCCGGGAAAGAGAGACAUCCCUGUGGCCUUGAAGACACUGAAAGCAGGCUACAGCGAGAAGCAGAGGAGAGACUUCCUCAGCGAGGCCAGCAUCAUGGCUCAGUUUGACCACCCCAACGUCAUUCGGCUGGAGGGAGUGGUCACACGCAGCAAACCAGUGAUGAUAAUCACAGAGUACAUGGAAAAUGGAUCAUUGGACUCUUUCCUCAGGCGGCACGACGGCCAGUUCACUGUCAUACAACUCGUCGGUCUUCUUCGAGGCAUUGCAGCUGGGAUGACAUACCUGGCUGACCUUGGGUUCGUCCACAGAGACCUGGCUGCCCGCAACAUACUGGUCAACAGCAAUCUGGUCUGUAAAGUGUCAGACUUUGGACUUUCUCGCGUUUUGGAGGAUGACCCAGAUGCAGCUUAUACUACAAGCGGGGGAAAGAUCCCGAUCCGCUGGACAGCCCCAGAGGCCAUCGCCUACAGGAAGUUCUCAUCGGCCAGUGACGUGUGGAGCUACGGCGUGGUCAUGUGGGAGGUCAUGGCAUAUGGAGAGCGUCCUUAUUGGAACCUGACAAACAGAGAUGUGAUAAAGUCAGUAGAAGAGGGCUACAGGCUGCCAUCGCCCAUGGGCUGCCCCGUUGCGCUACACACGCUGAUGCUGGACUGCUGGCAGAAAGACCGCAACGAACGGCCCAAGUUCUGCCAGAUCGUCGCGGUCCUCGACAAGCUGAUCCGCAACCCGGAGAACCUCAAAUCAAUGGGCACAAUGUGCAGACUAAACAGUCCUUUGAUGAACAGAACCAAUCCUGACUUCAGCACCUGCAGAUCGGUGGGAGACUGGUUGGACACCAUCAAGAUGGGCCGCUACAAGGACCACUUUGCCGUGGGAGGAUACUACACCCUGGGCCACGUCAUGGGCCUGAAUCAGCAAGACAUCCAGAGGCUGGGGAUCACCCUCAUGGGCCACCAGAAGAAGAUCAUGACCAGUGUCCAGAUGAUGCGUGUUCAAGUACUAAACAACAGUGUACCGUCGGUGCAUGUAUAAUCACGUGCGACACACACACCCGGGGGCCUUCGGCAGUGUCCACGCGUCAAAGGGUCAUCGACAGCCUGAUCGCAUCGGAACCAUGAACCUUUAAAAAGACUCCUCUGAGAAACCAAGUUUCAGCAGGACUGCUAUAAUGCAGAAGUUUUGA